UCUCUCCCAUGGCUGCUUCGCCGUCUCCUUCUCGCCGUCGCGUCUGAGAAAACCCUACGCGGCGACGCACCCAAAGCCCCACCAAUGGCGGCCACGACGGCGACCGCCGGCGCAGCAGCGGCCGUGGCCGUCCCCGCUCUGGUCUCGCCCCUCUCGCGCCGGGCCUUCUUCCCGCUCCCUCGUCGCGCCGGCAUCCCUCGGCCGCUCCGGCUCUUGGCAUCGGCGGGCCCUAGGCGGCGCGAGGUCGUCGUCGUGAAGGCGGAUGCGGCGGUGGCGGCAGGGGGCGCUGAGUCUGGCGACGAGGAGAGUUCUUAUGAGAUUCUGGGCAUUACCCCGCUAGAUAGCUUCGACAACAUGAAGCUGGCGUACAAGAGGAAGCGCAAGGAAGCUGAGGAGAUGGGCGACGAGGACUUCUUGGCCAAGCUGGAGAAGGCGUACGACACUGUCAUGAUGCAGCAGCUGCAGUAUAGGAAGAAAGGGGUCACGUAUGGAUCAGUUCAGGUAUCAAAGGAUAUCAAGUAUGCUGACGAUCAACCUAUUGUUCCUUGGGGACCUAGACCCUCCAAAUCAACAGAAAAGGAUAUGCGCAUAAAUCUGGCAAUAUCAGCAGCAAUUGUUGUUUGGAUAGCUAUUAUGGGCAAUGCAGACUGGAAGCCUUUGCAGUUCCUAUGUUUUGGUUUCUUCUACCGAAUACUUCAGAAGCUAAGGGCUACUGAGCCACCGAUAACUCCAAUAUAUAACGAGUAUGGUGAAGUUGAGGGAAGGGGGGUGCGAAUGGCAAAACGAGUAUUCCGUGCUUUGGGUUUGAUAUUCGGCUGUGUAGUUGUUGCAUCCCUGGGUUAUACAGCAGCACUUAACUUGGUUGAGUUUUCAUGGCAGUAUACUCCCCGUGCUGUUUAUUACUACCAGGAGUUGGCUGUUACAGCAGCCGCAUCAAUUCUGCUGUGCAUCACGGCUUCGUACUACCGGUAAACAAUCUGGGAGGAACAAUAUCCUGGCUUCAGACAACCUUCGGAUGUUAGCCUGUUAGGACAACGAGCCCAGCUUCAGUUAGAGGCGCACCUGUGGACUGGUAUUACACUAAGCGAAAUUCAAGACGCAGACACCUGUUUUGAAGUUUACUUUGCCAGCUUUUGAGGUAGAGAAUUUUGGGUGCACGCUUGUGUUUGAACAAUUGUGGAACUCACUGUGCAGAAGGCGAUGGCUGGUGAAAAUAUUUCGUGUGCAUAUUCUAGCAGCAGUGUAAUGUAUGAAAUCGGCUGAUGGUUACUUUCAGUCAUGUGCUUUUGUUUAGUUUUGGUUUAAUAAACAUGGUAUUGCAGCUUAUAAAAAAGAUUUCGCUUCAUGUUCA